AUGGCGAAGCGCUUCGACAUCUUCACCCCGGCGCCGCGCGACAAGAUCACGACGCCGGACAACGCGGAGUGCCAGACGCCCCGCGCGCCCCAGAGCUUCGGGGACGGCCUCUGGUCGGCGGAGAGCCGCGGGCCCAUGCGGGGCCGGCCGCUGCUGCGGCCUGGCGAGGCCGCCCAGGCUCCCGCUGGCGCCAAGGCGCCAGAGGCCGCUGCGUUGGUGCCGACGGGCGCGCAGGUCACCGUCGCCGAGCUCCGCCGCGCGCACGCCGCGGAGAUCAACAAGCUCGCGGACGAGCUGAGCAAGAUCGCGUCGCAGAGCGCGCAGUCCCUGGCUCUGCGGGACUCGCAGGUCGACGCCGUGCGCAAGGAGGCGAGCCUCACCAAGGAGGAGCUGGCGCAGAAGCGGAAGGAGCUGGAGGAGGCCGCGGCCGACGUGCGCGUGUUGCGCGAGCAGCUGGCCGCGGAGCGGGGCCGGGCCCGCGGCUCCGAGAGCGUGGCCGAGCUGCGCGCCUUUCACGCCGAGGAGCUGAGCCGCAACGCCGAGAUUCUGAGCGAGUACGACGCGGAGCUCAACCAGGCCCGCCAGCAGGCCCUCCAGGCCAGGAUGCAGGUCGAGACCGCCCGCGAGGACGAGGCGGCGCGGUGGCGGCAGCGGCUCCACGACGCCGAGGCGGCGCUGCAGGCCUCGAGCGCGGGAUCGUUGCGCCGCGGGGUCCCCGCGGGCCGCGCCGCCGCGGCACAGGGGCUUUGGCCGGCGGCGAGCGACGGGGAGAGGCCAGCUCGGAUCGAGGCCGCCCGGGGGGCCCCCGGGCGGCGGCGGAUGGCCUCGGGGGAUGCCGGCUGCGACGCCGCCCUCGCUGCCUGGGCCGCUGCCUGCCUGGGGCAGGACCAGCCGCCGCGCGCCCUCGAGGACCUCGCGGAGGGCAGCCUGCUGCUGUCGCUGGCGAGGCGCUUCGUGCGCGGGGCGGAGGCGGAGCUGCCCAAGGCGUUCGCCAGGCCGAGGGACUGCCGCGUCGAGAUCGCCGGCCACAUCAACGAGGCCUACCGCACCCAGCAGGGGCGCACGGCGAGGAUCGUGGACGUCAGGUGGGCGGGCCGGGGCGAUGCGCGGGCUGUGCGGGUCCUGCUGCUGGGCGUGCUGCUGGCCGCCUUCCAGGGCCCCCGAGCGCAGGAGGCCGCCGCACACGUCGGGGCCCUGCCCGAGGUGCACCAGGGGGAGCUGGCCGCCGCGAUGCAGCGCGCCCUCGCCGGCGCCGAGCAGGGCUCCGACGCCGAAGGCGCCGGAGAGCCCGCCGGCGCGGAGAGCGGCGAGGAGGUCGGGCCCUGCGACUCUGUGAGCAGCCGUGGAUCGCGACAGCGAGACUCCGUGGUCGACGGCGGUGCGCAGGAGGAGCUCCAGGAGCUGGCCGAGGAAUUGGACAAACGGCGGACUCGCUGCCUGUCGGAGAAGCAGGCGUCGCUGCGCUUGGUGCGAGAGAUUUAUGCGGCCAAGGAGCGGUUGCACAUCGAGGCGGACACCGUUCACGAGCUGCAGGACGAGUUCGAGAGCCAGCAGCAGGAAGCGAUGGACACACAGCGUUCCAUGCGGUACCUUCACGAAGAGGUCCAAGAAGAGACCCGCGUAGCCAAAGCGCACGCCAGGAGGCAUGGCCUGGCGCAGCAGAAGGUAGAGCGGCUAGAGCUGGAGUGUAGGACGUGCGACAACGAGUGCUGCGAGUUGCGCGAGCAGCUCGCGCGCACAGUGAGCGGCGAGAAGGCUGCACCGAAGAUGUCCUGGGGCGUCGUCCAGAGGGCCAAGCUGAAGAGAAUGCAGGAGCACCAGGUGUCGGUGGACAGACGACUGGACCACGUGAACCUCGUCGGUGCCGAGGAGGAGAUGAGCGUGCAGAGGCUCGCCGCCGAGCUCCAGCAGCUCCGCGAGAACCUCCGGGAGUUCGACUCCGAGGCGGCCGAGGAGCGGGCGCGGCUGCAGGAGACCGAGGCGCUCAUCUGCAACGCCGAGGACCAGGAGGACAUGCACGGGCGCCACAUGCGCAGGCUGGCCGGCGCCUCCACCGCCGAGCUCCUCGGCGAGCUCGAGCUGCGCCGCCAGGAGGAGGAGCAGGCGCGGCGGCAGGCGCGCCUGGGGGAGGCGAGGGUGCGGGCGCUGCAGAGCGAGAGCGAGGAGGGCUAUCGGCCCGCCCCGCCGCCCGCCCACCCGGCCGACCUCGCCGCCGCCGACGACGAGCCCGGCUGCUCCGACGGCGCCUCCGAGGACGCCGCCCUGGGGGAGCUGCGUGCCGCCCUCGCCGGCGCGGAGGCGGAGGCCCGGUCCCUCCGCGAGGAGGUGCGGGAGGCCGAGCGCGGCCUCGCGGAGGCCUCGCGGCAGGUGGCCAGCGCGGGGCGGUCCGAGGAGGGGCCGGGCAGCCCGCAGGGCGCGCGGCCGCUGGACCAGGAUCACCCCACGGGAUCGGCGGAUCCAGCUGCGGGUGCGGGAGCUCCGGCACCGCUCGCAGCUCUCCCAGGACGCCGCGAUAAGCCACGACCGGGAGAUGCGACUGGUCUCCUCGGCGCUGCACCGGCUGGGGCUCCGCUGGUCGCGGCUGCGCGACAAGUGCGCGGACCUCCAGGAGGCGGAGGCGCUCGCGGCACAGGUGGGAGCCGAGGCGGCGUGGCUGCCCGUGGAGCCCAGCGGGGGAGUGCGCGGCCUGCUUGCCGCGCUGUGGGGCUGACCGUCCCUGGCCGCGGCCGCGGCCGCAUGUCCCCCCCGCGCUGCUCCUCCUGCUCCAUGUUGGGCGAGGAGGGCGGGUGCCUUCGUGUCGAAACCGCCUCUCGCCCCUGGGCCUCCACCUUCCGAACUUUCCUGCUUGUCCCCCCCCCAUCCGCCAAUCCACGUCCGAUCCCAUUUCUUUUUUCUAGCAGUUCUUAGGAUGCUGCCC